AUAUGUGGGGAAUAGUUUUAUAAAUAUUUUAAUUAUAUUUCAAAUUAAAUAUUUUCUUUAUUUGGAUUAAAUUAAUCUUAGUGGAACUUCAAAGUACACGGAUAUGGGAAAAGUUGGAAAAUAUGAGAUAUUUUACUGCCUCCACUACUUUGUGCAAACUAUCAUUGACUUUAAGCUUCUUUCUGUUUUCUCUUCUUUGAAAUAUUUUUUUAUUAGUUUUCCUCCCUUUCACUAUGUGCAGAGCUGAAAUGAUAUGAUAAUUAUGUAUUUUUAUGAUGUGACCUAUUAUUAGCUAGUGCUUUUUUGAUGGACUUGCUUGAGCAGUAAUCUCUCAACUUGAUGGCAUCUAAAGAAGGAAAAUCUUCAUUGGGCUAUGGAAAACCUCCUUGGAUAUUUAGAGGAAGUGCCCUGUAUCAGCUCCAUCUUGUCAAAGCUGAAGUUGCUCGAGCUUUCAUUCCCAAGGAGUUGCGCUUAGUUGAAGCCUUUGGGUACACCCUUGGAGGCUUCUUUCUGGCCAGUUAUGAUGACAGCCCAGUUGGAAGGUUUGAUGAGCUGGUGGUGAUUGCUGGAACUGUGUGGAACCCACCCACAUCUUGUGCAUGGGCCUCUAGGGUGCUUGUGAAUAGUAAGGAGGCAUGUGUUCAUGGACGUAAGGAUGUUGGACUUCCUAGUCAAGUUGCUAAUUUUAAGAAGAAUAUUAUGGCAGUGCCGCGAAAGCAAUCAGAAAGUAAAAGCAGUCAAUUUCUAAACAAGAUGAUUGGUAUUGCAACUGGUGAUCUUGGUCAUCCAGAUAAUUGUAUGGAUAUUCAAAUAGCUGAAACCAAUGUCUCUUCUGCCAAGGAUAUGUGUUCUAUUAGGAUUGGUGCUUCUUCUGAUCUUGAUCCCAAGAAACGGAUUGGGCCAGCCAUCAAACUUUCGCUGCCAAGCUUUAGCGGACAUACACCUUGGAACAACCACCUCCUCAAAUACUCUUGCCAAAUUGAAUGCAGGAUAAGAUUGGCGAAAUCAGCGAAAGUGACAGGGCCAUCUGUCAUUACACCAAAUAUAGAGGAGGCCGAACAUCAUGACAAAAGUUCUGUAAUAGUGGAUAAUAGCAGUGAUGGAGAAGAAGAUGCUCGGAAGUUGAGUAUAUCAGUGAUGUUGUCAAAGCCGGUUUUGGCUUUGGAAUUCAAUUGCCUUACGAUGCAGGUUGAAGCACCUGUUGUCGUCUCCCCUUCUUCACCCAACAACACCAAUGUUCGAUCUUAAGUUGUUUGUUGGGUUCCAAUAUAUGGUAAAGAUUCCUUAAUUUAUCAUAUCUAAAGUUGUAUCAUUCUCUAUGAUCUAUGAAGCUCUAGUAUAGAUUCAUUUAUUAAAGAGGACUCUUAAGGAAUUCCCUCUCUUCAUCACAAUCAAUGAAUUAUAUUGAUUUGAAAUAUGACAAAGUAGCAAUUUCUUAUGCUA